AUGUCCAAUACGACACCAUCCACCGCCGACGAGACGCCACCAUCAGCUGGGGACAAACGCCCACUCGACGACGAGCCCGAUCCCCAGAGCAAAAAAAUCAAGAGCAAAAAGGCCAAGAGCAAAAAGGUCAAGACCGUGCCGGCUCACCCAGAUUGUAACGAUACCAGCAACGGUAUCCGGCUUGUGAGCAGCGACGAUGUAGCGUUCUUUGUUCCGAUAUAUAUACUUCAAACUGGGAGCACGGUCUUCCGAGAGAUGUUCAGCCUCGUCGUGGUGCAGAAUCCUUCCUCUCAAACUCUUUCCCCUCAUCCAUCAACUACCUCAGCCACCCAAACACACAGUAUCGAGAUGACCGAUACCGAAUUCGAAACCUCCGGCACCAUCCACAUUUUUCUGAACGCCGUCCAAGGUAUCUCGCUCCGCUCCUACAUUAUUAACGACGUACCUAUCACCGAUCGUGUCCAGGUCAUCGAGUCUUUGCUCCGCUUCGCCCAGAAGUGGGAAAGUGGCCCAGCGCUCGCUGCAUACGAGAGGGUCUUGAUGGAUGAAGCGACAAAGUCUUUUUGGAAAGAGAGCUGUCUCGAGCCCCUCGACAUUUUUGCCUUGGCGGCUCUUGGUGAUCUUACGGAUGUGGCGGCGCUGGUCAUACGCCACUAUCACCCUCUCAGUGAGGAACAGGAAGAGCUUUUCGCCCACCAAUUUACCCAGGGUCGAUGGGGCAUUCUGGACGGGGUGGAUUCGUUCCACGCGUCCAACAUGCCAAAGAAGGCGUGGUAG